AGAGGGCAACAGGUUGAGCUAGGGUUUCUAAUUUUUUCAAAACCCCCUCACUGAGGCUCAUCUCCUUCUAGCACCUUCUUCUUCUUCUUCCCUUAAAAGUAUUCAACUUUAUCUGAAUUUAAACAUUUCCUCCUCAUUCAUUUCUCUCCAUUUCGAUCUGUAAGCAUCUGGGUUCCUCCCUUCCUCCAUCUUUUCAUCGGAUUUUGGGUUAAAUUUUGAAGCUUUUUUUGGGGAAGGGGUUGGAAAUGGGGAAAUCUGGAGGAAGGAAGAAGAAGAGUGGUGGCGGUGGUGGUUCAAAUUCGAACUCCAAUUCGAAUCAGGUCAAUUCGUCAGAAGCGUCUUCAGGAUUAUCCAAACCGUCAACGACUGUUGUUAACGGUGGUGUUGAUUUCGACGCUUCGGUAUUCUUGAAACGAGCACACGAGCUUAAGGAAGAAGGUAAUAAAAAGUUUCAAGCAAGAGAUUACGUUGCUGCUCUUGAGCUAUACGAGAAUGGGAUUAAGCUUAUUCCUAAGAGUCACCCAGAUAGAGCUGUGUUUCAUAGCAAUAGAGCUGCUUGUUUGAUGCAGAUGAAACCUAUUGAUUACGAAUCUGUUAUUUCUGAAUGUUCUAUGGCUCUUAAAGCUCAGCCUGGUUUUACUCGUGCUUUGCUUAGAAGAGCUAGAGCUUUUGAAGCUGUUGGCAAGUUUGAUUUAGCUGUUCAGGAUGAUGUUAAUGUUUUGUUGGGUUCUGAUCCUAAUCAUAAGGAUGCUGGUGAGAUUUCUAAGCGUUUGAAAACUGCUUUGGGUCCUCAUCAAGAUUUGCAGAGCCGUCCUUCACCUGCGGCUCUUGGUGCUUCGGCUGCGUUAGGUGGUCCUAUUGCUGGACUUGGUCCUUGUUUACCUUCUCGUAAUGUUCACAAAAAGGGUGUUACUUCUCCUGUUGGGUCUGCUUCUUUGCCUAAUGCUACUAAUGGUAAGGUAGUAGAGAGGUCACAGGUGGUCAGUCCUGUGACUGAAAAUGGCGGUUCUGUUGGGAGUAAGGGGCAGGCGUCGAGAGUUGUGUUGAAGCCGGUUAGUCGUUCUCCGAAAGGGUCGAAGGUGGAGGAGUUGGGAUCUUCAUCUGUGGCGGUUGUUGGGAAGGUUCAAGAGAAGAGGAUUCGGUGGAGGCCGUUGAAGUUUGUUUAUGAUCAUGACAUAAGGUUAGGUCAGAUGCCUGUGAACUGUAGGUUUAAGGGACUGAGAGAGAUUGUGAGCAGUCGUUUCCCGUCUUCCAAGGCGGUUUUGAUUAAGUAUAAGGACAAUGAUGGAGAUUUGGUGACUAUUACUUCCACCGCAGAGCUGAAGUUAGCGGAAUCUGCUGCUGAUUGUCUUUUGACGAAAGAGCCUGAUACUGAUAAAUCUGAUUCUGUUGGGAUGUUGAGAUUGCAUAUAGUUGAUGUGAGUCCUGAGCAAGAGCCAAUGUUGCUUGAGGAAGAUGAGGAAGAAGUGGAAGAGAAGCCUAUUGUAGAAGAAGUCGUAUCAUCUCCUACUGAAUCAGUUUCGGAAACAGAGAUUAACAGUGAGAAGACGGAUAAGGAAGUUGAAAAAGAGAAAGCGAGUUCUUCUGAGGAUCCUGAGACCAAGGAACUAGAGAUGGACGACUGGUUGUUUGAUUUUGCUCAUCUCUUCCGCACUCAUGUUGGUAUUGACCCUGAUGCUCAUAUUGACUUGCAUGAGUUGGGAAUGGAACUUUGCUCAGAGGCGCUUGAAGAAACAGUGACAAGCGAAAAAGCUCAACCACUAUUCGAUAAAGCUUCCGCUAAGUUCCAGGAAGUUGCUGCGUUAGCUUUCUUCAACUGGGGAAAUGUUCACAUGUGUGCUGCUAGAAAGAGGAUUCCUUUAGACGAAUCUGCUGGGAAAGAAGUGGUUGCGGCACAGCUUCAAACUGCUUACGAGUGGGUGAAAGAGAGAUACACAUUGGCAAAGGAGAAAUAUGAACAGGCCCUCUCAAUCAAACCAGAUUUUUACGA